GUGCCGCCUCUCGACCUCUAUCUUAACAAGAGGCUGGCCGACUUCGAAGCUAAACUUGACCAGCCGCUCCUACAGACUAGGGCAGGCCCGGGGGCCUCCCGGGUCCCUACAAGGGCCCUUAUCCAACAGGCCUGUAAUAGGCUAAGCCAGAGGUUCCGGAAGAGGAGGGCCAGGGCGAAGGGCCGGGAGCCGAAGCCUACAGCCCUGGAAGCCUAUAUAGGGGCUAUUAGCCUCUAUAACUUCCUAUUUAGGGUUCAAGUCCCGGGGGUCAGUACCCCCUACUAUACCUAUAGCUAG